AUGAUAUACUUAUAAAACAUGGCAAAAAGGCCACAUUUGCGUCUUACUCCGGCGCAAUUGGAUAUGCUCGACAACCACUUCAAACUUGUGGAUGGCAAUGGAGAUGGGCAUAUAAACAAGGAUGAGUUCAAGCUUCUAUAUAGGUCACUUGGACAGACUGUGACAGAAGCAAAGCUUAAUACCAUAGUGGAAGAGGCUUUUACGGAUGCUCCUACGGAAGGUAUUGACUUUGAAUGCUUCAUCAAUACCUUUUUGGAAGCCUUUGCCUUGCCGCCAAAUGAACGUGCAGUCAGAGAAGCUCUGAUGUUAUUUGAUCGCGAUAAUUCAGGCUACAUCGAGACCCAGGAGUUGAUACAGCUGCUAACCACUAGGGGAGAGAAGCUCUCAAGGGGGGAGGUAGACCAUCUCUUUGAGUUGCUUAAUAUACCUCAAAAUACAAAACGAAUCGACUAUACUACCUUCACGGAGGAAAUAUAUCGCAUGUUCCCAAUAUUAUAGAGAGAACGUUUUUGCA